AUGGUGUUGAAAAAACCCAGCUCCAAGACUAACCGCAAGAAAAUCACUGCAAAAUCAGUCCACAAUAACUUCAGAAUUAACUUUUUUAGCCAAAAUAUUGAGCUAUCAUCUGCCCCUGAUGAAGAACCGCCUGAAAAAUCCAAGCCUGGUAGGAAGAGACUCAAGAAAUCCAUUGAUUCUCAGAAAAAUAAUUUGGUAUCAAUUUUGAAGAAAAAGGGCGAAUACGUGAAGAUAAAGGCUAAUUCUGAGCGUUUUUACCAGAAACUCACAAACAUUACCACAUCGCAUGAUUUUUCACAGUUACUAAUCUUUGACCAAGACCAUUUAGAGUCCAUAUCUAACACCUCUGAAGUCGAUGGGAUUUCUGACCUUUAUUUCCCAGUUUUAAACAACACUCCAACUUCAUCUUACGGCUUCGUUCGUGUAAACCCAAACAGUACAUUUGGGCCUUUGAUUAACUUGGGUGAAGGAUCUUUAGUGUUAACAUUUGUGCAAGUGGAGGAGGAGCGGGUUUAUUUCGAGAGUUUAAACGCCUCAAAAUUAGGCCGUGCUGUUUGUAACUCUUAUUCUCAGGCACUUGUGAUUCCAAACGACGUUUUUAUCAUCUCCAAUGAAAGCUCAGAUAUCACUGCUAAAAUAUUUCUUGUUUUAUCCAAGGUUAAAUGGUCAAAUGUGGACCAAGUUAAGCGUGGCAAAACAGUUCCACUUUCCCAAGUCACAUAA